UUGGCACGUUGUGGGGUGCGCGUGAAGUUAACGACGGGAAUAUUUCGUUUUUCGCGCUUUGUUUUUGUAUAUAAUUCGAACUAAAAAUACGUAUAUCUUUGUGUAUAGUUUUUGUAAAUAACAUAAUUCAUUUACACGCGCCAUUAUCGAAACAACACAACAAUAGUUAGAUAGCAGCAGCGCCUACAGCAAAUAGUGAAGUGACCAGAUCAAUGUCAUGUAACAGCCAAAACCAAUAGCGCAAAAUCAUUCAUAAUAGCUCUAGCUGCUGCAAAAACGUGCGUGGUGCGUGCUUGUAUGUGUGUGCGUAGUUGUGUUGUGUGUGUGUGCACUCGUUGCCCAGGACGAAUUUACAUAGCUAAACAAUUAAAAUUAAGACCAUGCAUAAGGAAAAAGUUUUAAGUACACAAAAUGAAAACAAAGCAAACAACAAAGAGCAUAAGUUAAAUGGAGCCACAAAAGAAAAUAGUGAUAAAACAGUCAGUCUAUUAAAUAAAAAGGAUGACAGCAGUGAAUAUGACCUCGUGCCGCCGGACGGUGGCUGGGGCUGGCUGGUGCUUUUCGGUUCCAUGAUGGUCAACAUUCUGAUACCGGGAACCAUUAAGAGUUUCGGUGUGCUGUUUAUUGAGUUCUUGGAGGCGUUUCAGGCAUCACAGACAAAGGCUGCCUGGAUUCCGGCGCUUUGCUACUUCCUUUACAGUUCGUUGGGACCUGUAUCGAGUAUUCUCUCUGUAAAGUAUUCCUAUCGCACCGUUACCCUGCUGGGUGGUGCUUCAGCCUCGCUUGGCAUGAUACUCUCAUACUGGGCUUCUUCCGUGGGCUAUUUGUACAUAAGCUAUGGCGUGCUGGUGGGCAUCGGCGCGGGUCUAUCCUUUCCGCCCACUGUGUACAUUGUGACGUCUUACUUUGUGAAGCUGCGCGGCCUGGCCAAUGGUCUGUGCAUCUCUGGCAGCGCCCUGGGAUCGAUAAUACUGCCGCCGGUGCUGCGUUGGCUUUUGGAGGAGUACGGCUAUCGGGGCUCUUGUCUGAUUAUGGGCGGCAUAACGCUGAAUGUGUUUGUGGCAGCCCUUUUCUACGAGCCCGUCGAACAGCAUAUGGUGCGAGUGCCACGGGCUCGUCAGGCCCUCGACGAUAUUCCCGAAGAGGAGGAUGUGGGCAUAGUGAUGAAGUUCGAGAAUGUCGAUGAGACCAGCACGCCCACAGAUGUGGUUGGUGAGAAGCUUUUGCCCUACAAUUCGCCACCGUCGCCGCUCUAUCUGGAUGGAGACGACGACGAUAAGCAGCAAUUUGUGCGGAGUGCAUCGGCCGCCGUGGUUCAGAGCUAUGCAAAGGCUGGUGAUGAAUUCCAACCGCACUCGCGGACGCGCAAAAUCAGCACACCCGUCCGCCUGCCCCAACGGAAUCAAACUUUCACGCCCGGUCAGCUCAAUUCACAGUCCUCGCUGUAUGCUGUGCCGGAGGGAGGACGGUCCAGCAAUAAACUCACAUUGCGGCACACAUCGCGGACGCGUCUCGCACGCCGCUCGCCCUCGACCAGCAGUUUCUUGUACAUCAGCACGCCCUAUCAUGGCAGCACAUUGUCCUUUCAGCCCAAGGAGUUCAGCUCGCAUUUGUCGCUGCGAUCGGCGGGCAGUGGGACUGCUGGUGCGGAACCGCCGCUGAAUGAAACGGGAGUGGGCGCUGCUACGGCAGACACAAAAAAGGAAGCCUCCAAGUUCUUCGAUUUGAGUUUGCUCCGCGAUCCCAUGUAUUUGGUCAUCCUGAUAUCGAACUCAACCAAUGCCAUUAGCUAUACCAAUUUUAUAAUCCUGCUGCCGUCUUUCGGACUUGCUCUUGGCUUUGACAAAUCCCUGUCGGCCUAUCUGCUGUCUGUGGUGUCGGCGACGGAUCUGAUUGGACGCAUUGGCGGCUCAGCGCUCUCGGAUAUGGGCCUCAUACCAAAGACUUGGUAUUUUGUCGGUGGUCUAACCAUGUCGGGAUUCUCGCUGGCCCUGCUACCCUUCGCCCAUAGCUAUGGAAUGGUCUGUUUUUGGUGCGCCCUCUUCGGACUCGCCUCGGGCGUCUACGUGGGCAUUACUGCCGUCAUCAUGGCCGACAUGCUCGGCACCGAACGCCUCACUUCAUCCUACGGCAUCAGCCUGUUCGUCAACGGCAUAUUACAGCUUAUUGGACCCCCCUUGUGCAAUUACUGGACGGAGGCUGUCAACGACUAUAAUCCGCUCUUCCAUACCCUUGGACUGACGCUCCUCGCCGGCGCCAGUCUCUGGAUCUUUAUGCCCUUCAUUGAACGACGCAAGGCCAAAGAGGAGGAGCGUUUGGCACAAAUCGACGAGGAGGCCGUGGAUGGGGGUUAUUAGUUGAAAUGGAAAACAGAAGUAUGGAUAUUGAAAAACAUAAAACAGUGAGACAGACGGACGUACAAUUAGUUGUUAGGCUUUAAAUGCGUACAAAAGUGAAUAUUGAAGUGAAUGGAAGUGAAGGAGUUUUGAAAGACGACGGCGCAUGGUUUUAUUAUUUUGGGUACUUAGCGCAAUGAAGGAAAUGGAAAUCGGAAAUUGUGGAAUGGAAAUUGUUAAUUUGUUUCUUCCAGCAGCUUAUCGUCUUAAUUGUUAAGUCUUAAUUAUAUUACUGUACAAUUAUUGUUUACUUAAAAUCCAUUUAUUUAAUAGAUUAAGUCGAAAGUGUAGAAAAAUGAGAUAACUAUAAAGUGAAAACAUAUUUUUUGUAUAAAUACGCCCAAAAAGAAAAAUAACUACAA